AUGUUUUUCCCUCCAUCCUCCUCCGGCGAUGUCACUGAUUUACCGCCAACAGCGACGGAGUCCCGGUCCCGCCGCCACACACAGGGUUUAAACGAGUCAGUUAUAAACAUAAUUCCAUCAUUUAUCUAUUCUACGAGUAGUAAUUACAAUGAAGAAAAAGAAUGUUCACGUGAUUGUGCUGUUUGCUUGGUUGAAUUUAAAGACGAUGAUUAUGUUCGUACUCUUCCUCUUUGUUCGCAUACGUUUCAUCUCCGUUGUAUUGAUAUUUGGCUUUGUUCACACCCUAACUGCCCUCUCUGUCGCUCAUGUCUUAGCUGUGGUUUGUCUCAAUGGCCUUUUAGACCUCUCAUGUCCGAGAGAAUUGGCCCCUCUGUUGUUACACCGGCGGUGACGCAGAUCAGCCUCCCCACUUCCCCGACACGAGAAUCGCUUUAA